CCGCUUCACGAUGAAUUUAUUUUGUCCAUUUCCGAUUAUGAAAAGUCCCAUAAGGCUAUCAGUCUUUAUCAUGUGCGAAGUGCUGUCAAAACCAAAACAACAACGUGUUUAUUCCAUAGUUUAUUCACUCAGUUUUAAAAAUCGAUGUGUUUCACGCACGUAUCUGAUUAAUUCGAUAAUUGCUUAAGAAAAAUGAUAUUCUUGUCUGGAGAUAAGAUAGAAUGCUCCCUUGCUUUGAUUGCGCUAACGUUUGCGGUGUUUUUAGGUGUAUUUGACAGCAUAACAUGGAUUGCAGCUAUCAGUGCUGUGUAUUUCAUUGGUGUUUUAUGGGGCACAAGCUUCUUACAAUAUGUAGGCUUCAAUUUAAAGAAACUCCACUAUGUUUCUAACCUGAAAACAGGCAAUGAUGAGUCUUGUGGUGUCUGUGGGGGUGACGUCUGCAAACGUCAUCGGCCGUCAAGAAAUUUGGCACGUAUCAAUGUCCCCAAAGAUUUUGACGAUGCAUUAGAAAAUCUCCUGGAGCAGCUACUACAGACAUAUAUCUGUACAUGGUAUUUAGAAUUCUCUUCCGACGAGGCAUUUGUACAGCAGUUUCGAACCUGCAUUGCAACUGCGGCUGGCAAUAUUGCUCAAAGACUUUUCCGUGUCGAUACAGCAGCAGUAAUUUUUGAUCAUUUGGUACCUAUAGCUCUGCAGCAUGCUCAGGACUGGAAAGUUUUGGUCAAUCGUGCCAAAGCUGAGGGUGGAAAUCCUGCAGAUUACGUGGCAGAUUUUCUGGGGCCCAGAAUACAUCCUGCGGCAUACUCACGUGAAGCAGAACUGAAUUAUCUCAGAGGCCUGGUCACUACGCUUAUGCCGCUUUUGCUACCAACAACGCAUCUUUCCAUCAAUAAUAAAAUUAUUUUGAGAGAAAUUUUGGCCAACUGGGUUCUUUUGCCUGCAAUGGAUGCUCUUGCUGAUCCGGAUAACAUUAAUACUCUGGUCGUUCUUUCCACUCAUCAUGAAGGCGAGUUCACCCAAACAGCAGACUCUGUUAAUGUUCCGCUCCUACAUUCUUGGGCUAUGCCUCCUCUCCUUGUCGAUAAUGUUCCCAAUACGCUAAAACCAUCACUAGAAGAGAUCCUGAACAAUCCCCAACUUCUCUAUUUAUUCAUGCAACACAUCAAGGAAAUCGGACAUGUUCAUCUCUUACAAUUCUGUUUGGACAUAGAUGAUCUAAGCAAGAGACUAUUGAAUCCAGAUAUAACUGUAGAGACCGAGGAGAACUUGUAUGCAGUUGCGCAAAAUCUCUAUUCGUCUUACCUGACACUAGAUACUCCCAAUUAUCUUCACUUGCCUGUUCACAUAUCAAAAGGAUUGCAGAAAAUUCUGGAAGGAGGACCAAGCAAAAUUCAAGAGUUAAGAACUUCGCGACCACUGUAUCAGGCUCACCAAGAAGCCCAUACCAUCUUGGAAAUAACGUGUCUGCCUUCUUUCCAUCACAGUUAUCAAAUUUACACCUUGUUAUGCGGUCAACAGACACCCUCAACUCAUCCAAAAUCGAUGAAUCAACACAAUCAAGGGGGACCGGUUGGUAUGGGGAGUAGAUUUAGCAACCAGAUUGGUCGAAUCCAACGGGUAUUGCGGACCUCUGCAGUUGACGGAGCGCCAUAUCAACAAGAGAACGUUUAUCAAGCCGAAGAGGUUGAUUGUACACCGAGACUUCAUCCAAUUUCAAAUUCCUAUGAAGAUGGAGGAGAUCGAGAUCUAACUACCUGGCGUGUUACAGUUCCUCAUGUCGAUGGGGGUGGCGCACAGCCCCUUUAUAUGAUUGCAGUGCAUAGUGUAGCACAAGAAAAAUCUUGGACUGUGUUAAGGAGGGACAUAGAUUUUUAUUCUCUCAGAACGCGACUUGCUGAAUUCCACGGAGAUCGAGAAUUAAAUGAUUCCCCUUUACCAGCUCGUAAAAAUCAACACCCUUCACUGAACACAAACAGACAAAGAUACCAGGAUUUCUUACAAAAGCUGCUGGCCAAGCCAAAACUCCGAAGCAGCGAACUGCUACAUACUUUUCUCACAGCUCCUAAUUUAGAGCCAUACUAUUCCAGCUAUAGUACGCCAGAUAUUGGAUUAUUUUAUCAAAACGUUGCUCACAAGUUACGGAAAGAGCGUGGGCAGCAUUUGGAUAAGUUCAUGAAAACCUUUCUUUCUUCUAUAAAUAUGAAAGAUGAAUACGCAGAUGUCGGUGUAGAACCGUCUAGUGAACACAGUCUCAGCAUUUCACAAAGAAAAGGCCGGGACUUGGUGCAUGUUGGACCGUUUGGCAACAACCUUGACCUUCCACCAAAGCUCCAGGAUUUCCAAUUCGUCUUUACCAAUCAGCCACAACACGUAAAAGGGGCAUGUUUUUGUAUCGUUGAGGCAGUCAAUAACUUGUUGGAAGUACCUCCGUCGUUGGCUCAAGCUUAUUGGCUAGCUGCUUCACUAUCCUACCAAAGCUUGGAUCCAUUAAUAAAUAAACUGAUGAAUAAAACGUUGGUGAAACUGUUAAGCAGUGGACGGGCAGCUGUUGUCGUUAAGUUAUUGCACACUACAAUAUUGGGACCGAAAUCAAAUGAUAAAGAAUUGUCAUCCUUGGGUGAUUUCGAGACUAAAAAACUUGAGCAGGCUCAAGCAGGCUUGAGCUCGUUGAUCCCUUGGUGGAUCAUCGGCCUCCAUACAACGUGGCAUAAAUUAAUGCGAUCGCUUUUGGAACCGCUUCAAAAUCCGGCGUUCAACAAACACCUGGCAUACUGUCUCCUAGACCAAAUAAUUGCUGAUUUGUUUCCUGAAAUAUCUUCGUAAAUAAUAAUUGCGAAUGAUAUGUUUUUGAUUUUGUUGUACUAUUGUUCACAACACUUGCAUAACUUUGCCAUAAAAAGCCAUUUUAAAGAUGAAAUUCCGGUCAUAAGAAUACAAUAUAUGUAUAAGCAUAUAUAUAUAUAUAUAUAUCGUAUUUUAUAGAUGCAUAUCAUAUAUAUCAUGAUAUAUACAUCAGAUAUAAUUGAAUUUAUUCAUCUCAUAUCGAUUCAAUUUUGAUCUUAGCUUUUAAUGGCUUGUUCUUUGUUUUUUCAACGAGCUUUGAUGGAUGUCAACGUAAAUAAGUUCAACCUUAGACAAUCAGUCUGAUAGAAUUGUUUUCGGAUUGAUCUUGUCAUCCCGAGUGAGAGUUUGAAUUAAUAUGAUAAUAUUGUUGCAUUGCACACAAUAAUCAUUGGGUAAACUAUGAUAAACUCUGUAGGAAUGUAGUCAUUUUAUUCUAUGUAUACAUUUAUCAUAAUCAUACUGUUAUCAUACUUGUCCAUUUUAUAUUAUACAGAUCAUUUAGUUUCGGGUAACAUAAAUGGUUCAUUAUAGUGAGUUCUCAAAUCUCAUAAUUUAUAAUUUGUAUAUAUACUUAUCUAAUAUGUUCAUAUCGUGCCAUAAAGCAAGAGAGUUCUAAUAUUUCAAUAUACAUAUGUAUAGUUUAAAUAAGAUUAUAAAACAGAGAAUCAGUUUUUACCUAAUAACACCUGGUAUACUGCCAUAGCCCUCAAUUUAUUUUAAACCUUAGUAAGCACUUGAAUCGAGGUGUUUCUCGGAUUAUUGCUACAAUUUUUAGAGUUAUUCUAAUAAAAUAUUUUACAUCUGUAGAAAUAAAACUGCAUUGAUAUGUACAAACUAGAAGCAUUUUGCAGUGUAAAAGUUGUUGCAAAAACCAGUCGAAAUAUUGACUAUAUAUAACAAACUCUGUAGUUGAGUCCAAGAAAUGGCUAUUUAUGUUGAUUUUUGUUUUUCUAUAAACGUUAUAUUCACAAUUAUAAUAAUCGAGUAGAUUGAGACGUAAUGUGCAUCGGAGUACAUAUAAAAAAUCCUAUUCUAAAGGUUCUGUACAAAAUUUUAUUCCAUUUACUAAAUUAUCUAUCCGUUUAGUAUUUGUUUGACACUGUGCAACGUUUUUUUCAGAGAUAUCACAAAGAACAGCGAAGUACUGAGUGUUAAAUUGAGUAGGUCUAAUAAUACAAUACAAAUCAUGAUUAUCACACGUGCCCGCUUGGACCACGCUUGGCACGUUCAAGUAAAUAGAAGAUUAAAUUUGCCUAGUCA